AUGCACACUGCGGAUGCAGCGCUGCACGACUUUCGUUUGCAGUGGCAGCGCGACGUUGAGCGCGACGUGGCGGAGCGCGAUGCACCACCGGCAGCACCCCAUGCAUCGCACUCCUCGUGUUUUGCGCCGCCCCGCCCGCCAACUGCGCCUCCCUUGCCAAAGCACGAUACUCUUGCACACAUGCUAGCGCCGCUCGUAGCCGCACACGAAGCGGAUGUCGCGCAUGCGCCGCUCGAGGCACAGACGCCGUCCACGACGCACGGUGCAGCACCGCGCGAGCGCUCUUGCUGUCCACGCACCGUGCACGAAAUGCACGCCGCCGACGAGACGCUGCCUUUUCCUGCCGGGACACUCCCCGACGAGGUAUGGAUGCGCGUCCUGUUCUGCGCGCUAGAGCCGACGCUGCUUGCGCCUGGCAUAGCAUCGCUUUCCGAUACGAUGCACCACGAGUCCUGCCCAUCUGCGUCUGCGCACCAUGCAUGGUCCGGCCCCGACUACAUCACACUGGAAAAUGCAGCGCGCACAUGCUGGAAACUGCGCCUGCUCACAAGCCGCGCGAUGCUCUGGCGCCGCGUGGUGCACGCUACAUACCAGCCCCCACAGCUUCCCUUGUAUACCACGCCCGACACGCUCUUUGCACGCACCCCCUACAGCUGGCGCGACCUAUUUAUCCAGCAGCCGCGCUUACGCAUGCACGGCGCAUACAUUGCAACGUGCCGCUAUACCCAGCAAGGCCUGUCGGAAGAGAAUCGAUGGGUGCGCGUUUUUCAUCUGGUGGAGUUCUUCCGCUACCUGCGCUUCUUUCCCGACGGCCAGGUGCUGAGCAUGCUCACGAGCGACCGCCCUGCAGAGACAGUGCAUCGCCUCGUGCCGGGCGAGCGUGCUAAGGGCAUGGCCACGGGCCAUUGGCACCUUGUGUGCGACGACACACACGGCGCAACGAUUGCGAUCGAAAAUUUGUGCGACCCCACGCUCGGGCGCUAUGUAUUCCAAAUGACGCUGCGCCUCGGCCAGACCGCACCCGGGCGCUGGAACAAGCUCGAGCUCCUUGCAUACACCUCGCAGCGCCGCGGCACUGCCGAGGUGCUGCCCAUCCCACACAAGCACAUGCGCCCGUUUCUAUUUUCACGUGUGCUUCGCUAUGGCACGUAA